GCCUAAACGACAACCUUGAUGAUCAAACACAUCUUCCACAAGUAUUUUUCAGAUUCUUGGAAGAAGGCUUCUCUAAAUCAGAAACUUACAGGGCAAGAGGUAGCUUUUUAAAAGUGAUUCUCCAAGAACCAGGGUAUCAUCUACAAGAGCAACAUUCGUUCAAAAUGGAGCAGAUGAAACAUAAAGCUGAUGCUGAUAGUCAACAGCAACAAAUUCAUAACUCAGAGGAGCUUAAUCAGCUCCAAUUCCAACACAAGCAGCCACUUAAUAAUCAGAAACAGGGUCAGGGAGAAAAAAAUCCUCUCCAGUUCUCUCAAAGCACUUGGAUUCAAAAUUCUGAAAAAAAUCCUGGUCAAUCCAGAGAGCUUCACAAAAUGCAGUCUUCAGAUAGCCAGUGCCUAUAUCAAAAAUUAUGGACAAGUGGUCAUCAACAGACAAACAGAAACCAGGGUUGUAUGAGUGAAAUUAAAGUGCCAUUUGCUCCUUUGCUUGAUUACAUUCGACCCCGACUCGACGAUAAAAAAGCCGCACAGAUUCAAAUGUUUUUCAAUAAGUUGAAGAAAAAUGAUAUCAGUAAUGCGAGCUUUCUCCGGUAUGCAAAGAAUAUUGUGGGGAAUCAGAUGAUGAGGGAGGCAUUGGCCAACAUACAAUUUCAGGACUCUCAGAAAUAUGUGAAGGAUCUGUGUCGGCGUGGUAUGAAAAAGAUUUGGCUUGGAAUUAUGCCCAACAUGUCUAUUGGUCAGUUUGAUGUGUAUUCAUUAACUAAUGAAGACCCAGACAGUAACAUGACAGGCCUGGUAGGGCUACAAUACACCACAAGAGCCUUAGAAAUUUUUGGACUAACGGAUAAGAGAAAGCUAAAGCCAUGCUGCCUGCACUCAUGGGAUUCAACCAAUUACAGUUACAGUAAAAGCCUACUGGUGCCCAAGAUCUUGAAAUGA